AUGGAACAGUCUGCCAUCGAGUAUCCGGACUCGGACAUCAGGUACAGCUUCCUGAGCACUUUGGAUCAUCUGCCGUGCGAGCUUAUAAGGUCUUUACGGUUGAUGCAGACCAUCGAUCUGUCUAAAAACGCUGGUGAUAAGCGUGAGCUAGAAAAUGCUUCGACGAAUCUGAUGCUGGUAGCUAAUUAUGUAGACGAUUUAGUUGAUGACCAGAUCCGCUUCUUGACACAGCAUAGGAAAGAAUUGGAAAUACAGAAAUCAGUAACGAAAUCUUUCAAUACCUCUGUAGAUAAUAUCAGAUCUAAACUGAUACUGGAAGAGCCGAAAGUUUACAAAGAACCAAAGUUGCUGUUAAAGAUUAACCUGAAAAAAGCAAAAUCGAGGGAGAGAAAACAAAGUAUAACCAGCCCCAAUGUCGGGAUUACCCCGAGAAGGGCUGCAGCUAAUACCACUGAUCAAGAAGAGGUUUAUUGUUUUUGUAGAAACGCAUCGUACGGGCCCAUGGUGGCAUGCGAUCGUCCUGACUGCCCCUUUGAGUGGUUCCACUACGGUUGCGUAAACUUGAAACACGCUCCAAAGGGUAAAUGGUAUUGUAGUGAGGAUUGUGAAAAAAUAGCGAAAGAGAGAACGAAAUCAAAACGACAAAAGAAACUAAAGUGA